UUCGCAAUGUCUUGUUCUGUCAACCGUUAUAGAAGAAACACCUCAUUUGCCUCUUGGUUCGCGAAUCUAACUAAAAUGGCACCGAAGUUUUCCAUAAUUUUCUCUUGGUUUGUGCUAGCAACACUGGUUUCUGGAACACCCAACUUUCCAACUUCUUCUCAAUCACAUUUAGACAACCAGUUUGCUGCUAAAUUGGAAGCCGUUCAUGCCAGAGAUGAUGACCUAGACUACGACCAAGAGGUGGUUAUGUCAUUGGACUCUGACGACGACCAGACCCCACCGCAACUGACAAUUAAUCCCGAAACCCUACCGGUCGGUUGGGACUGCAUGGACAAAGUGAUGAUGAUCGAUGACAUUGAGUAUACGGAUGAAAUUCAAUGCACUCACAUCGCUGAGGAGUCUUGCCACAACACAUAUGAGACCGUGUUCAAGGCUACCCAAAUUGAAGAAUGCAAAGAGAAGUUCAAGAAGGAUUGCUAUAUUGAGUAUAAGACUGUACCUCGAACGGAAAAGAUCGAAAUCUGUCAAGAGCCUUUGAUUCGUGAUUGCGAGGCCCAAGGUGAAAACGUAUGUUCCAACGAAUACGAGUCUGUUUGUGAGACGACGUAUCACGAAAACGAAGUCGAGGACGAUAUUCCUCAAUGUGAAUCCAUCAAAGAAGAGAUCUGCAACGCCAAUAGUAAAUGUACUAAAGUGGCUAAACAGGUGUGUAACCUUAUGAAGAUGAGCAGCACCAAACUCACUCCAGAAACCGAGUGUCGCCAAGAAGUCCGUGAAGUGUGCGGUCCAGAGCUUUGUCCAAUUUCAAAGGGACCCAAAGUUUGCGCAAACGAAUUGAAAACUUUUGUCCAAGAAGUACCCGAGGAACGUUGUAAUCUUACUCCGAUCAAAGUGUGCAACCCAGUGAGUAAAAUUGUUCCCCGUUUGGAACUGAAGAUGGAAUGUAUUGAUGUUCCCAGGGAAAUAUGCUCAACUGUCCCUGUUGAAGCUAAAAAGAUCCAACGUCCCGUGAUCAAAAAAUGGUGUGGGCCAGUCUCAAGUGAGUUGUUAAAGACAUCGAAUUACAACCACUCCGAGUUGGAACCUCAACUAAUUAAAGUCAACUUAUUUUCAUUUACAGAUCAUAACAACUCGAGAAAAAAGAGCCCAUCCAAUAAUGCUUAGUCGGAAUUGUUCCAUAGUUUUGAAACUUUGUCCGUGAAAUACAUUUCCUUUUUACAUCUUCAUUGCCAUAUAACUUGAUUGGAAACGACAGUAGAAG